CUUGGGAGUUUUCAACAUUAAAUCCGAUUUGGAGAAGGAAAAGGUCUAAUUACGCGUGAUUUGUCCCUGAUUGGCUGGUUUAUUGAGGCACGGAUUGCCAACGUGGACGGGUUGUGUUUCUCUUCUGAGAGUAUUUCAGAACGAGUCUUGGGAAGGAAACUCGGACGAGUUGGUAUAACAGUCGCAACUUACAACGGCUUGUUGUUUCCGAAAGUAAAGUGUUUGUUUGCCCACGCCUCACGUGACUUGUCCACCGUCCACUUUUGUCGUCCACUAGGCGACUUUGUCAGCAACAAACAAAGGACAUGCCGUUUAACGAUUAGGCAAAACGACAUCGUUCGCUCCCCACAGUCGAAAUCUUCUCGACCCAAUUUCCUUCAGCCUGCAAAAUUGAAGAGUUUGGUGGCUUGAUGGAGGGUAACAACAAGAAGGGGUACGCGUGGGCAAUCUCAGCCGGCCUGAACGCCGCUCUGGCUGCCGUUUCGGCGAAGCUCAUCACUCCUCAGAUUGUUAGGUAUGGUUUGGUGAUAUUGUUCAAUGCGACAAUGUGGGGAUGUUAUGUGAACAGCCUCAAAGCUGUGUCUUCUCUGCAAGCUACUGUCACAAAUUUUGCUGCAAACUUCCUGUCUUCUGGUCUAGCUGGAUACUUUUUGUUCCAAGAACCCUUAUCUUUUCAGUGGUUUGCAGGUGCCCUGCUCAUUGUAGUUGGUUCAUUCGUACUUAGUAAGUCAAGUAUUGAGAAGAAGGCCCAUACGCAUUAACAUUUCUGCAUUUCACUUCACCCUUGUAGUUGAGAUAUCAGAUAACUCUAGAUUUCCAUUUCUUUCCUCUUCCGAUAAAACUAAGGAGACAGAAGAGAUUUUCUGAGAAUGAGUUUUAUGUACGUGUAUCUAAACAGUGAAAGAAUGAGUUUUAUGCUUAUUGUCA